CGUUUUGAAAGGUUUUAAAACAAAAGUAAAGUAUAUCGUUAUCAGGAUGGCAAAUGAAUGUUCGUUUUACAAAUUUUGCAAUAGUUAGAAAUAGAACUCCUUUUUUAAUAGAAACUAAUGGGAGGAGAACCAUAUGCAGAUAGAAUAUUGAGGGGGAAAUGUCAGAGUGUAAUAAGAACUAAAACAGAAAUAUCGACGGAGUGAAGCUUUCGGCUUCAUAACACUUAAAGUUUAUUUAUCAUUGUGUUAUUUCUGUCACUUUUAUCCAUCCUAAUUCUAAUCAGAUAUUUUCUUCAUAUAGAGAAUGUUCUACUUAAAGACAAAAAGUAAAAUCAUAUAUACAUUUCUAGCCUGUGUUCCAUUUACCUUACUACACUUCAUCAUCAAUAGCAAAUUUGCUGAUAAAGACAAAAAGUUAUUCUUCGUGAAAGAUUCAAGCAAAGAAAAUCCGUACGAAGAUUUAAACUACGCCAAUCGCGAAGAAGUGUAUUAUAGAGUUAUACGUGAAACAGAAGUGGCAUUUCAGGCCCAAAAGUUGAACUUGACAGUGAAAUCUUUUUAUAAUGAUAUUUUCCAAUUAAGCGACAGCAGAGUUAAAUUUUAUAGACGCAGAAACUAUGCAGAAGUUGAAAAAUCAUUAGUAAACGAGAGCAGAGUUGAAGAUUCGUUCCUAGACAAUUUUCCGAUGUCUCCAGAAGAGGCAAUACGGAGGUUUGGGAGUAAAUUACCAUACUGGGAGAAAUAUGAAAUUCUCAACUAUCCAAAAGUAUAUUACCUCGGAUUGAAUGCCAACAAAUCUCAAUUGAAAGAAGACGGCAAAAACAAUUUUGGAUUUGAUUUUGAUACAUCGGUUGAAAAAGAAUCUGAGGGAAAUUAUGACGUCGGAGGUCACUAUAAAAUGGUCCCUGGUGAUCAUAUCGGUUACAGAUAUGAAAUUAUCAAAUACAUUGAUACUGGCUAUCAUUGCGAUGUUGUUGUAGCAAGAGACUGGUCAAAUCCAAUUUUAAAAAAUGUUGCCAUCAAAAUCAUGCGUGUUAAAGGUCACGGCACGUCAAGAUUUUACUGGAGAGAAGUAGGCAUUCUGCAGUACCUCAGUUCCAACGCUCCCAAUUUGGAUUAUUUUACACGCAUGUUAGCAACCUUCGAAUUUCGCAACCAUCUCUGCGUAGUUUUUGAAUUGUUAGGGGGAACUAUUGAUUUAAAAUAUUUAAAACACUCUGUGCGAAACACAACUUCAAUACGAAGAUAUGCAAUUGAUGCUUUGCAUGGUUUGCGUAUUCUCAAAAAAAUCGGUGUGGUGCACGGAGAUUUUAAACUGCACAACCUGAUGUAUAUUCAUGGAAAAAAUAUUGAAAGUAAUGGACAACUGAUAAAAAUAGGUGAUUUUGGAGGAAGCUGCAUUAUUGGUCAGCCAAAAUGUGGAUAUAUGUAUUACUUUAUUACUCGACCUUAUCGUGCUCCUGAAAUAAUUUUCCACCUGCCACACACAACCCAGAUUGACAUGUUCAGUUUUGGGGUUUGUCUGGCAGAACUGUUUUUGGGUCAGCCUCCAUUUUUUGGCGAAGAUAAUGAGGAAGAUCAUUUAGGAGCAAUGAUGGAAGUACUUGGGCUUCCUCCAAGUCAUAUGAUUGCAAGGUCACCUAGAAAGCACAUCUAUUGGGAUGCUUUUCGUCACAAAAUUCACGAUAAAGGGACACAUCGAAAGCCUUACAGUAGACCGUUGUUGAAAGUUUUGGAAGGAAUGGACUUAGUGCUAAUUGACCUGAUUUGCAGAUGCCUCGAAUGGGACCCUAACCUGCGCAUCACACCUGAAGAAGCACUUCGUCAUCCUUUUAUGACUGGAGCAGAGAAGAAUUUAGAAGAAUAUCCAAUAGUCAUUCAACGAUUUCUGGGGAAAAUUUAGUGUGGAAACUUGGCAAACGAAAUUCACAACAGACGGAGGUAAAUCGCCGCCCAGUGCGCUGGGAUUCCAAAUUGUCAACAAUCGUCAUUGGUUACGAAGAUUGUUUUCGAAUAAAGUGAAUGUUCAAAUAACAAGAGAGACGCAAAGCACACCCUAAAAUUAAGGAAAAGUGAAGAAUAUUAAAGAACGUUAAAACAAAAUUUUAAUUGGAUUGAAUAUACGCGUACGUGUAUAUCCGUGGUUCUCAAACGCCUGAAUGAGUCUUUAAAUUUUCCAAGAGCGUCGUAAAACAAUUUCAUUCGCAGCAAAUACUCAACUCAACUUAGUAAAUACAGUAGUAGAAAAUUGCACUGCAGUGAAGCUCUUGACAAAAAACUGCUAUUAUGACGUCCUGUUAGCUGGGACCAUGAGGUUUCAUUACAGCUUAAACUCUUUGGACAAUUUAUAGAUCGCUCGCGUACCCCCAAAAGUUUUGACCGCUAACCUCAAAUUGCUCUGAUGCACAACUUAUUUUCUAUAUCUAGGCAACCCAUUAUAUUACCUUUUAAUUUGUUGAAUCUAUAAAAUUGAUUAUUUCAGUUCAAUAUGAUGACAAAUUUGCGCUAAAGUUAUUCAUAACAAUGUAAUCCCAAGCUUAACAAACACUACAAUCAAAGUAACAAUAUAUCUGGUAACCGGAGGAGUGGUCGUGGUUCUCCAUAUGAUUGAGCUGUCUUAUCGGCUUCCCUCUCACCUGGGAUAAAUAUGUAAAUCAUAUCCUAAUGUGAUGGGCGAGCUCAUUACUAAAAUCACGUUCAGGUGCUUUGAACUGUGAUAUGCAUUUUGAGCAGCACUAAAAAUGCCGACUCACACAAUCAAGUUGAUGGAAACAACAACAAUGCUUGAGUUUAGAAUCAAAAUAAAAAAA